CCCCCCUUUCCUUUCUCCUUCCUCAGUCCCGCCCUCUUCUCUCUCCGCCAUUUCUUUCUUUUCUUCUUCUUCUUGCCUGCUUGUCCUAUUGUUUGCUGCGAGUACGACGUCGGAUCUCCUUGUUGUGCUUAACUCUUUGGCAUAAUUUCACAUCUCAUUUAUUGCUCCCAAUCGUCUGUAUAUCGUGCAAGCUCACAACAGCAUCUUUCAAACAUCUUCUGUCCGUUUUUUUGAUUUACCACAUGGACGCCCCCAUCUCCCUCGAGCACCCCAGGAGCCCCAACUUCAUGGAUUCUUCAUUCACUUACGACGCCCUCUCAAACCUCGACUAUCUGCAAUACCCGCAGUCUCCCUAUGGCGUCUCUUCCAUGGCUCCAUCUAUAGUUCCUGGGCCCUCUUCUUCGUCCCCUCGUCUUGAUUUCAAUUCGCUGAAUCUCGCAAACCCACUCAGCGACUACUACUCCUCUGGCACUUCCUACACCACAGCUUCGCCGGGCCGUCCCUACACGCCCCCCGAUAACGGCAUCUCUCCCCCUGCCCUGUACAGUCUCAGUGGCGGAGAGCUCUCGUCUGACGGUCUCCAGUCGGGCAGACGCAGCCGUGGUAGUGGUACUCACUCUCCUGCCUCUGUUCACAAUGUCCCUUACUCUGCAGCUGUGCCACGCUCGCACCGCUUCAACCCGAUCGCUGCCCCCACCACGCGUUCGGCUACAAAGGCGACGAGGAGAAAGUCGAGGAAUGAUGAUUCAGAUGACGACGAUGACGAUUUCCAACCCCUCAACAGCACUUCUGCCAGCACUGAUGUCCGCCGCGAAACCAUUCGCCGCCAGCGCAUCGAGUCAGAGCAGAGGCGCAGAGAUGAGCUCCGUGAUGGCUACCGUCGGCUUAAGGAUGCCCUGCCGGUCUCGAACCAGAAGUCUAGCAAAGUGUCCCUCUUGGACCGUGCUACGACCCACAUCAAGUACCUCGAGAUGACCGCGCAGCAGCUCCAAACGAGACUCCAACAGGCUGAAAAUGAAGUUCAGCGACUACGCACUGUCAACGAGGCAUUGAUGCUCGGCACUGCAGAGCAACGUCAUGCCGCUGCCGCUGCUGCUGUUGCAGCAGUUUCACAACAGUCGCAAUCCUCGUUUUGAACGCCUCGUCUUGUUACCUUGGCCGUCCCCGCACAAAAAAAAUCAAAAUCGCACACUCGCCCAUCGGGCACUUUACUAUAUACGGACUACUUAAGAUGAUUGCAUGGGAUUGAAAUCCUGCCUGGACGCAGGCUGCAUUUGCUUACAAUGGACACUCGCAUUAUUUUUUUUAUUCAGCAUGUUUUACGACUCGUUAUCAUAGCGGUCUCGCAUCACCAGAGCACAGUUGGUAUAUGCGUCGGUGACGCUUUAUUUCCGUUCUUCUUGGGCUCUCAAGAUCGUUUUGUGGCCGCGCCGCACUCGGAGAUCUCAGCAACACGACGAUGACAAGAUGUGGAUACCAAGGUUGCGGUUGAUAGACGGUUCGCGGCACGACAAUGACACAAGACGGCACAGACGAGCUUGAGGCGCAUGGGUCACGCGCCUCCUUGUAGGCUGCGUGCGUGCCUCGCCGCUGUCGCUGACACUCUCUUGUCUUCAUCCUUUUUUCAAAAUUUGUCGUUUGUUGCACCUUCUAUCCCCUUCCGAGUCCAUCCCUCUCGCACUUGUAGGCGAACGACCACUUUAUUGUGGUUACGUGCCUCGUGCGCGCCGAUACACUGGCCUCAUCUAUUGCUACGAAGAUCUCGACGUCUCCCGAAACGCCCUUACGAACGAAAUAUUCUCCUAUCUCCCCUCCACCAACGUUCAGGCCUCUGCCCUGAUGCCCCGCUCAUCAUCACGCAUUUUUUUUUUAUUACUAUCCCUGAUUUAUACGACCCACCCAUACUUGCGCGUCACGAAUCGAGCGCCUGAUCACCGCUCAACUUCACGACAAACCCUCUGUCUCGCCCUUCAUUUUCACCGCCCUCCUGACGAGUACCUUUGAGAUUGCGUUCUAUCUCAUUGUCAAUUGAUGACCUUUGCCGCCGCACCGGACAUUGCAUGUCUGUGAGCGUGUGUGUGACGAUUCUGGUACUCGUAGGUAAGGGAAGACUUUUGGAUUGGUACGACGACAGUUUGUCUGCGAUUCGAUGCUUUCUGCUUUUUCUUUGGAACCCUCUCCAACGCUAUUUGGCGCCGCUCGCGUCUCUCUUGCCUUUCCUCGCUAGUCGUUGUUUAGGUUUGGAGAAGACUGCUUGAGCGCCCGAGUGGAUUGGCGACGACUAUGAAGUUGAAGUUUGAAACAGCUCCUACGGUUCUGGUCCUGCGUUCGCUUGCGGAUGUUGGAUGCCUCGUAAUCGCUCGACUCCCUUGACGCUCUGACAUGCCUCCUCAUGCCCCGGUUCAUUACCUACCCUCUACCCCGCGAUAUCGUUAUCGUCAUCAUUCAUGCCUGCGUGUGCUGUGAAACCUGUUGUAGCG